UGACGCUCCGCGAGGCGCUCUGUCCCCCGGUAGCUGCUUGUUGGUGCAGUGAGGGCUCCAGCUCCGCUCUCCGAUCAGAGUCCCGGAUCCUUAGCCAUGGGGGGCAGCUCGCUGCCGCUGCUGCUCCUCUGUGUUUUGGGGGUCUGCGCCGAGGACCCCCCGCCUGCGGUUCCUGCGUCGGAUCCAUGGGGGGAGUUCUGGCUGGUGCGCUUCGUGGUGAACAUUGCCGGUUAUGGCACCAUCCUGGUUCCCGGCUUCCUGCUCAUCAAGUACUUCAAGCGCAGGAACUAUCUGGAGACAGGCCGCGGCCUCUGUUACCCCGCGGUGAAAUCCUGUGUUUUUGGGAAUGAGUCCAAGUCUGCUGCCCCCGAGGAGCCUUCAUCCGCCGCCAGGACGGACGCGGACCCUUCGACCACCCAGCAAGCCUUGAGACUGCUCUUCUGUGCAGCGGGACUGCAGAUUUCCUACCUGACGUGGGGCGUCCUGCAGGAGCGGGUCAUGACGCGCACGUACGGCUCGGAGGAGGGCGGCCGCGGCGAGCGCUUCCGGGACUCCCAGUUCCUGGUUUUCAUGAACCGGAUCCUGGCGCUGACCGUGGCCGGAAUGUACUGCGCCUUCACCAAGCAGCCCCGCCACGGCGCCCCCAUGUACAAAUACUCCUUCGCCUCGCUCUCCAACAUCCUGAGCAGCUGGUGCCAGUACGAGGCCCUCAAGUUCAUCAGCUUCCCCACCCAGGUCCUGGCCAAGGCGUCCAAGGUCAUCCCGGUCAUGCUGAUGGGUAAACUGGUGUCUCACAAGACCUACGAGUACUGGGAGUACCUGACGGCCGUCCUCAUCUCCGUCGGGGUCAGCAUGUUCUUGCUGUCCAACGGCGGAGGCGCUCGGGCUUCCGGAGUCACCACCUUCUCCGGCGUCGUCAUCCUGUCCGGCUACAUCGUCUUCGACAGCUUCACGUCCAACUGGCAGGACUCCCUGUUUAAGUACAAGAUGUCCUCGGUGCAGAUGAUGUUUGGGGUGAACCUCUUCUCCUGCCUGUUCACGGUGGGCUCUCUGCUGGAGCAGGGGGCCUUGGUGGAAGCCGCUCGCUUCAUGAUCCGCCACCCGGAUUUUGCGUUCCACGCCUCGCUGCUCUCCGUCUGCUCGGCCUUCGGCCAGCUCUUCAUCUUCUACACCAUCAACAAGUUCGGUGCGGCCGUUUUCACCAUCAUCAUGACUCUGCGUCAGGCCCUGGCCAUCCUCCUGUCCUGUCUGAUCUACGGCCACCCGGUCACCGCCGUGGGAGCGGUGGGCUUGGCCGUGGUCUUCCUUGCGUUGUUCUUGCGGGUCUACGCCCGGGGGAGGAUGAGGAGGAAGGGGAAGAAGGCCGCGGACCCCCCGGCCGUGCAGAAGGUGUGAGAGGGACCCGGUGGCCAGGAGGACCCUUGUAUUUGGCGUUAAUGGAGCCUUUGCCGGUAGUCGGCGGAAACGCAAAGCGCUCGCCUCGGACUUUUUUUUCCCUUCUUCUUUUUUAAUUAUUACUCUUUUUAGCGUUUGUCGCUUUGAGUCCCGCGGAGUCACAGACUGAGAGGGAGACGCACGUGGCCUCAGCUGCACCGGCUCGGGGAGGACGUCGGCCGCGUGGCCCCCGCUGGCUUUGUGUAAUUAGGAAGGAGGAGGACGUUGACCUCGUGACUUGUUAUUUUUAUUCAUUCCCGGGCCGGGCUCUUCUAUUAAAUGGUCCAUUUCCUUA